AUGAGUGCGACUGGCGACCCGCAUCUUGUAAAUCUGCACGGGCAGCAUUUCGACUUGAUGAAACCUGGCGUCCAUGUCCUUCUUCAUGUGCCCUUCAAGGCGCGUCCAUCGCAAGUGGUUCUCCUAGUGGAGGCUGACGCCCAGAGGAUAGGGGGUGAUACUUGCGCGGAUACGUACUUCAUGAGCAUCAACAUAACGGGAAAAUGGGUAGAGUCCAAAGUCCACGCGCUCGGGAUGGCUGGCGGCGGACUCUCCUUCAGCGCGGGCUCCGGGAAAGUCCACACUGGCACGAAGUGGAUAUCUUUCGGGAAAGUGAUGUUGAAAGUGGUGCACGGUCGCACAAAUACAGGCAUAGCAUACUUGAAUUUCUUCGUCCGCAACUUGCGUCACGCGGGCUACCUCGUGGGAGGGCUCCUAGGGGAGGACGAUCACGAGGAUGCGACCACCGUGAGCAGCGCCUGCAAGAACGUCGUCGACAUCUGA